UAGUGUUGUAGUGCCACUCGUACUUUUUUUUUCUUCGAAUGUUCAGGGGUUUUCUACAGUUUCGAUUACGAUAACAUUAUAAUGAGACGGGUUUGGUCAUGGAUUUAAUAAUUAUCCAAUACGAGUAACGUUAACAAGCAACUAGCUAUAGCUCUCUCUAACGUCACAAAUCAACGUGAGCUGCUAGCUGGGAAAGCUAUCGCUCUCGCUUUCUCAACUCACUUUUCUAGCAAGCUGUCCAGGAACAUUAGCUAGCUAGCUAGCUAGAUAGAUAUAGAAAAGCACAUGGGACUUGUUACGCAACUACGAGUUGUAAACGCUGAGAUAUAUGAGUGUAACAGUAUGUUUCUAAUCUUUUAGUGACUUUGAAAAAGUUUUUGGCCUGACAUUGAAUUCGGCAAGUCACUCCCAUGAUCAUGGGAUCGCCGGAUGAUCGUCUGAUUGUCUUGUUUGCUGUGUUGGUUUAGCUACAGUACGCAGGAGUGGCUAAUCUUCCAGUGUGGGAUGGCCUAAAGUCUUGAAUGACAGUGGGUCCAAUGAUUAAUGUGGGAGUAUUUCCAGAUAGUAAUAUCAGCAAGUGUCCAUUGUCGCAUCUUUCCACAUUUUUAGUUAGUCAUUUAGUUUGACUUCACUUGAAACACCAUGGUCACGGUUAAUAAGCCUUGUUUUGGAAAUUGAUUUCGUUGCUUUAAUCAUGGUGAUUAAGGUCUUACUGUGUCUCAUACUGGAGCAAACAGGAAAGCUCUAGACUACCGUGAGUCUCAGACAAAAGCCCUACUUCCUCCUCUUUAUGUUCCACGUGCACACACUAGAACCAGCUCCUCAAAGCAUCGGUUGCCAUGGCAACUUCUGGAUACUCCGAGGACCUUCAGCCUCAGCAGGCCAAUGCAGUAACCAUAGCAACACCUUCUGCCACCACACCCUCAUCCGCAAAGACGGCACACUUCCUGUCCGAGAUCCCACCAACCUCUGGAGCAAUUGCAUCGGCUAACCAAUCAGCCUCUGUCUCAAAAGCAGGACAGGAUGCACUUUGUUCUCAAUCGCCGCCCAACAGCCAGAAGGCAGUGGUUCUGACGACUCCCACGCAGCACUAUGUAACCCAAGAAAUCCAGCACUCUGCGGUCCAGAAAAGUAAUGGUCAGAGCAACUCGCCCCAGUACAUCAUAGUAACUGUUACAGAGGGCUCAGUUCACUCCAAUGACAGCCUGUCAGACUCUAGCCCACCUGCCACUGGUGUUCCUACUCAGGUGGUCCAACCAAUGCAGACCACCCAACAGAGGUCAGUGUUACAAGCGGUGUCGCAGGCAGCCAAGAGGAUUCAGAUCAACAACCUACAGUCUGCGGACAUUAACCAGGAGGUGGAGCAUGUGUACUCUGGCCCGGUGCAGUAUGUGGACGGAGGAGACGCAACUUUUACCCCGUCCUCCAUUCGAUCGAGCAACUACCCUUUCUCGGACUCGCCCCUCUACUCCCAGACCCCUCCCUCCUCCUCCUACUACGAGGCCACACCCAGCUCUGAGUCAGACAUCACUGGCUCUGUGACCUCGCAGCCAGUUUCUGUGGCAACAGCAGGAGCCAAUAGUGGGGGAGCAGCUGCGGGCGGAGGGGGCUAUGUCAUUCAAGGAGGUUAUGUGUUAGGAGGAGGAGGAGGAGCAGGUGGAGGAGGACAGAGUUACUCCAGCCCUAACUCUCGUGCCCCACCCGCUACUGUGCAGUGGCUGUGUGAUAACUACGAGGGGGCGGAGGGGGUGAGUUUACCUCGCUGCACCCUCUACUACCACUACCUGCUGCACUGCCAGGAGCAGAAACUAGAACCUGUUAAUGCAGCAUCCUUCGGCAAACUCAUCAGGUCUGUCUUCAUGGGGCUACGUACCCGGAGAUUAGGGACCAGAGGGAACUCUAAGUACCACUACUAUGGACUGAGGAUCAAAUCUGGUUCCCCGCUGCUCAGACUGAUGGAUGAACAGCAGCACAUGGCGAUGAGGCAGCAGCCUUUCUCACAGAAAAACAGGAUAAAGCCACUUCAGAAGUCACAGGGGAUCACCAAUGGGACAUCAGGUGGGAUGGGUCAGCAGCAGGCGGCGGCACUGUGUGAUAUUUCGGCGCAGGUGCAACAGUACCAGCAGUUUCUGGAGGCAUCAAGGCCGCUGCCAGACUUUGUGGACAUUGAUCUGCAAGAUGGAACCCUGCCCGAUGGGAUCCUUUUAGAACACCUCAAGGCCUUUCAGACUCUCUACAGAGAACACUGUGAGGCCAUUCUGGACGUGAUGGUCAACCUUCAGUUCACUCUCGUGGAGACACUUUGGAAAUCCUUCUGGCGGUUCAGCCAGAGCAGUGACACCGAAUCACUCAACCUGCACAAUGAGUCUGAGAAGCGUCUGCCCAAAUCGUGCCUGGUGGUGCUGUGUAAGUAUGAGCCAGUGCUGCGCUGGACCAAAGAGUGUGACAACCUGCUCUACCAGACUCUGGUGGAGAUCCUCAUCCCUGAUGUACUGAGACCCAUCCCCAGUGCCUUAACUCAGGCCAUCCGCAACUUUGCCAAGAGUCUGGAGAACUGGUUGACAGGCGCCAUGAUGAACAUCCCAGAAGAGAUGGUUCGCAUAAAGGUGCUGUGUGUGGGCUCCUUCUCCCAGACGCUGCGCCGCUAUACCAGCCUGAACCACCUUGCCCAGGCAGCCCGCGCCGUCCUCCAGAACUCCGCCCAGAUCAACCAAAUGCUCUCAGACCUCAACAGGGUCGAUUUCACUAAUGUACAGGAGCAGGCAUCCUGGGUAUGUCAGUGUGAAGACCGUGUGGUACAGCGGCUGGAGCAAGACUUUAAAAUGACCCUGCAGCAGCAGAACUCUCUGGAGCAGUGGGCCACCUGGCUGGAUGGUGUCGUCUCUGAGGCCCUGAAGCCCUACGAGCACAACCCUGUCGUGUUACCAAAGGCUGCAAAGGUUUUCCUGCUCAACUGGUCCUUCUAUAGCUCUAUGGUAAUCCGGGACCUGACUUUGCGCAGUGCUGCCAGCUUUGGCUCCUUUCACCUGAUCCGUUUGCUGUAUGAUGAGUAUAUGUACUACCUGAUAGAACACAGGGUGGCCCAGGCUAAAGGAGUGACACCCAUUGCGGUCAUGGGAGAAUUUGCCAGCACUGUCAAGAGCCGGAUCUCUCCGGACCUGGAGAAAGAAGAGGAAGAGGAUGACGAGGAAGAGGAGAGCGAGGACGAGGGCGGAGAUCUCGUGCUGCAGUCCAGCUCUCUGAGAGCGGUCGAUGACGAGAAGGACUCGAUGGAGCCGCCCGCCAAGCUGCCCAGGACCAGUUUCAAUCUGCACUCUCUGACCGACAGCACGCCAUCUUAGCUGCUCAUUUGUAUAGUUAUCACACGCACACGCACACGCACACGCACACACACACACACACACACACACACACACACACACAUUUUGCUUUAAGUUCAACGUCAUGUCAUACCAUUCUGUCACCUUGUUUGGCCUUCGGUUUUGCAAACAGAUGUUUGCUGUUGUGUGUGUGUGUGUGUGUGUGUGUGUGUGUGUGUGUGUGUGUGU